CUGUUGACGAUACUUUGUAUAAACACGCAUGUUGCAUGAAGCUGCAUGUUCAAUAUUAAUUAUUAAAUAUCAUUAAACUAUAAAUUAAUUAUUUAAAAAAAAUAAAUAUGAAACUUUUAACACAUAAUAUGUUGUCAUCUAAGUGUCUCAAAGGAGUCAAUGUUGGAUAUCCACUUGGUAUUGUGGCUAAGGAUAUCAAAGUACUUGAGGUAGAUUUUAAUUCAGAAUUUAUUGCAAGGAUUAUUCCAAAAUUGGACUGGCCAACUUUGUGGAAGGCAGCUGAAAGUAUUGGACAUGUUGGUGAAUUGCCAGUGGAACUAAUUCAAGAUUAUGAAUCUAAUGAAGAUUUUUUAAAGAAAGUUCAUCAUGUUUUACUUGAGGUUGAAGUCGUAAAUGGUGAUUUACUUUGUCCAGAGUCUGGACGUAAAUUUCCAAUUAAUGAUGGUAUACCUAAUAUGUUACUUAAUGAAGAUGAAGCAUAGGUAUUUUAAUUAUCGUUAUGAAAAUUAAAAUUAAAAAAUAAAUUUACAACAAUAAUAAUAAUGCAAAAAAUGUAAAUUUUAUUACAACGAAAACAUUCUAAUAUCAAUAUUAAUUUUGUUAAUAAUUAAGUAAUAAAAAUAACUAUUACAAAAGUAAAAAAA